GGCAAUGGGCGGGGUUCAGAGGAGCUGAUGUUACGGUUUUAAGGGACUCUGGGGGAAUUUUUGAGGAGCCGGGGGAUGUGGCCGUGCCGAGCCAAACAGACACGAUGAGGCGAGUGGUACGACAGAGCAAGUUUCGCCAUGUAUUUGGACAAGCGGUGAAAAAUGACCAGUGUUACGAUGAUAUCCGGGUUUCUCGAGUGACCUGGGAUAGUUCCUUUUGUGCUGUCAAUCCCAGAUUCGUUGCCAUAAUCAUAGAAGCGAGUGGGGGAGGAGCGUUCCUUGUACUCCCUUUGCACAAGACUGGUCGAAUUGACAAAUCCUACCCCACAGUGUGUGGUCACACAGGACCGGUGCUGGACAUAGACUGGUGCCCACAUAAUGAUCAGGUCAUUGCCAGCGGCUCAGAGGACUGCACGGUUAUGGUAUGGCAGAUCCCAGAAAACGGACUCACCCUUUCCCUGACUGAGCCCGUGGUCAUUUUAGAAGGCCACUCAAAGAGAGUCGGCAUCGUGGCCUGGCACCCGACGGCCCGCAACGUGCUUCUCAGUGCAGGCUGUGAUAACACCAUCAUCAUCUGGAACGUGGGGACGGGGGAAGCCCUUCUAAACCUGGACGAUAUACAUUCGGACAUGAUUUACAACGUGAGCUGGAACCGGAACGGCAGUCUGAUCUGCACAGCCUCCAAAGACAAGAAAGUGAGAGUAAUCGAUCCUAGGAAACAGGAGAUUGUUGCUGAGAAGGAGAAAGCACAUGAAGGAGCCCGACCCAUGAGGGCCAUCUUUCUGGCUGACGGCAACGUCUUUACCACUGGUUUCAGCCGCAUGAGCGAGCGGCAGCUGGCCCUCUGGAACCCGAAAAAUAUGGAGGAACCAAUUGCUCUUCAUGAAAUGGACACUAGCAAUGGGGUGUUGCUACCUUUCUAUGACCCUGACACCAGUAUCAUUUACUUAUGUGGAAAGGGCGACAGCAGUAUCCGCUAUUUUGAGAUCACGGACGAAUCCCCAUAUGUCCACUACCUCAACACAUUCAGCAGCAAGGAGCCUCAGAGGGGGAUGGGUUACAUGCCCAAGAGGGGACUCGAUGUCAACAAAUGUGAGAUUGCCAGAUUCUUCAAACUUCACGAGAGAAAGUGUGAGCCUAUUAUCAUGACUGUCCCCAGGAAGUCUGACCUUUUCCAGGAUGACUUGUACCCUGACACGGCGGGGCCCGAAGCGGCGCUGGAGGCGGAAGAGUGGUUCGAGGGGAGGAAUGCAGAUCCGCUCCUCAUCUCCCUGAAGCACGGAUACAUUCCCGGCAAAAACAGGGACCUCAAGGUGGUCAAGAAGAACAUUCUGGACAGCAAGCCCACGGCAAACAAGAAGUGUGACCUGAUCAGCGUCCCCAAGAAGAACGCAGACGCGGCCGGCGUGCAAAAUGAAGCCAAAUUGGAUGAGAUUUUGAAAGAGAUCAAAUCUAUAAAAGACACAAUCUGCAAUCAAGAUGAGCGUAUUUCCAAGUUAGAACAGCAGAUGGCGAAGAUAGCAGCCUGAAGGUCCACCCCCCACCCCGCAGACGGAGCAAGAACGCGCGCUCAUGGCUGGUAGUUGGUGUGGUCCCAGGGAGGGCGAAAGGGAGGCACUGCCACUUGGAGACAUUUCAGAUCUGUCGACCAGCGAUAGGCCACAUUCCAGUAAGGACUCAACUCGUCUCCCAAAUUUGCAGAAACAAAAUGUGAUUUAAAAGCUGAGCUUUUUACCAGAAAGCUUUUUUUGAUGUUUUAAGUGUUAUGUGACUUGUGAACUUCUAAAAGACAAAAGUGCUACUUUGAAAAUCCCAGAUAUUCUGAAUUUUAGAAAACCAACCAAUUCUGAUUCAGUGUCCUGCCCAAGUACCUUUGUUUUUUUUUUUUUUUUUUUUUUACAAACAGGGACCAAUGCCACAUUGCUUUUUAUAUUUCUUUUUUUUUUUAAUGUUGCCAAAACCAAAAGUAGCUUUUUUUUCUUUGUAUUUUGCUACUUUGCAGUAUUUGUGUGUGGGGUUUUUUUUUCUCCUUAAUUUGAAAGGGACAGCACUGUGUAUGUUUAUAAACUAAAUGAAGAUAUUAUUUUGUAUAAACAUUCAUCUGAGAACAAUCAGAGCAGUAGCCGCACUGUGCUGGCUUCUUUGCAGCACAAACCUGGUCAUCUUAAUGACUGUACAAAAGGAAGACUUGAAAAAUCAUGUGGAUUCAUAUUCCCACCCCUCCCUUUCCAUUGAGUCUUCUGAUCAAAAAAAAAAGCUCAUAUCAAAUCGUUUCCUUUCUCUUUUCUAGAAAUUGGGUGGUUGUACCAGAAUGGAAUUUUGCUUCUUGGUUAUCCUGUGCUUCAGAUGAUUAUAAUCGAACCUAAACUA